CUCUGCCAACAGCAAGAUGGAUUCUGGAUAUACUCUGAGUAUUGUAAUAACCACCUGGACGCCUGCAUGGAACUCUCCAAACUGAUGAAGGACAGCCGCUACCAGCACUUCUUUGAGGCCUGUCGCCUCUUGCAGCAGAUGAUUGACAUUGCUAUUGAUGGUUUCCUUUUGACUCCAGUGCAGAAGAUCUGCAAGUAUCCCUUACAGUUGGCUGAGCUCCUCAAGUAUACUGCCCAAGACCACAGUGACUACAGAUAUGUGGCAGCUGCUUUGGCUGUCAUGAGAAAUGUGACUCAGCAGAUCAACGAACGCAAGCGACGUUUGGAGAAUAUUGACAAGAUUGCCCAGUGGCAGGCUUCUGUCCUAGACUGGGAGGGUGAGGACAUCCUAGACAGGAGCUCGGAGCUGAUCUACACUGGGGAGAUGGCCUGGAUCUACCAACCCUACGGCCGCAACCAGCAGCGGGUCUUCUUCCUGUUUGACCACCAGAUGGUCCUCUGCAAGAAGGACCUAAUCCGGAGAGACAUCCUGUACUACAAAGGCCGCAUUGACAUGGAUAAAUAUGAGGUGGUUGAUAUUGAAGAUGGCAGAGAUGAUGACUUCAAUGUCAGCAUGAAGAAUGCCUUCAAGCUUCACAACAAGGAGACUGAAGAGAUACAUCUGUUCUUUGCCAAGAAGCUGGAGGAGAAAAUACGCUGGCUUAGGGCUUUCAGAGAGGAAAGGAAAAUGGUACAGGAAGAUGAAAAAAUCGGCUUUGAAAUUUCUGAAAACCAGAAGAGACAGGCAGCAAUGACUGUGAGAAAAGUUCCUAAACAAAAAGGUAACGCUUCCUUUAGCCCUCAUCACCACUUAUUCUCUGUAUGA